CUCCCAAUUAUUGACAGCUCAAAACAGAAAAAGGCGAAUGUUAUCAAUGGGAUCAUGAAAUGUCGGUAUUUCGUAGUGCCAUGAAGCGCAACAUAGAUAAAAUCAAAUGCCAUCCAUGAUGUGAUCUAUAUAGUUUACUAUUACGAGAGUGAACCAUUAUAUUGAACAUUAUGGAUGAAGCUGGUAAUAAAGAUGGUUGGCCAGGGCAAAUGCUUCACCAGGCAGCCUUAUAUAACAAUAAAGAAUUAAUGAUCUGUCUGUUAGAAGGAGAAGAAAAAGUGAAUAUGAACUGUCGUGAUGUGAUGGGACGGACUUGUGUUUAUACGGCUGUAUCUAACAACAGUGAUGAAUGUCUCAAAGUUUUGUUACAGGCUGGAGCCGAUCCUAAUAUUACGGCAGGCAAAAGAUGCAAUGGCAUGACUCCACUUCACUGUGCUGUUUGUGAUAAUAAGAUCUGUGCUAUUAAAUUAUUACUCUCCUAUAAAGCUGACUUAUAUAUUAGUGAUGAUACAGGCUCUACUCCUUUAUCUUUGGCUAAAGUAGUAGGCAGCAGGGAAGCAUGUUCCUUGUUAGAAGAUGAAAUGGAAAAGAGACGUCUUGAGUUGUUAGAAAUAACAGAGAGUUUAAACGAAGCUAUAAUGUUACAAGAUGUUGCAAGAGUAAAGGACAUAUUAAGACUAGCAGGUCCCCAAAGUAAAAAAGUUCUUAAAUUUAUCCCUGAAAAUAAUACGCCACUUCUCUGUAGUGCUGCUAUAGUAGGAAACUGUGAACUAUUGGAAAUGUUAAUUGAAGUUGGAGCAGCACCGGUAGCUCAUCCUGUCUUGGCUAUGUCACCAUUACAUUAUGCAUGUGAAGGGGGACAUAACUCUGCACUAGUAUUAUUACUUAAGAGGUUUCCAGAAUUUUGUAAUAGUCUUACAUCACUGCAUGAACUACCUAUUCAUAUAGCCGCAGCCCAUGGAAAUUCAGAAGUUGUUCGUGCAUUAUUACAUUUUUCCUAUCCAAACACCUUGCUUCAUAUAUAUGAAAUAGGACAGAUUAAAUAUAAAGCUCCAUUUGAUAUGAAUGCCGUUGAGUCAAAUGGCUAUACACCGUUGCAUAUAGCGUGUGAAAGGGGACAUGCAGGAAUUGUUAAAGAUUUAUUACAAUAUACUGUUACUGCAGAGGCAGGCAAUAUUCAUGAUGCUAUGACCAGCAGUUUCUUGUCCGAGUUUCAGUCCCUUGGAGAUCUAGAAACUUUAACUCCUCAGAUACAGCCGAUAAAUAUCAACUGUUUAACUAGCACUGGGUUAACUCCUCUUCAUAUAGCUGUUAAAAAUAGACAUCACGAGGUAGCAGAAGUGCUUUUAUUAGCAGAAGCAGACGUGAACAUAAUGUUAAGGAAGCAGUCCCCAUCUAUGUCUUUAGCUAUGUAUGCCUUGAGAGAAAGUGACUAUGAAAUGUUGAGAAUUCUUUUGACUUACGGCCUGGAAGAUGUCGACAACAAGGCCAUGUCGUACGCUAUAUACCAUAACAAGACAGACAAGCUUCUUUUACUUCUGCAAUUCAGAUCUUCAAAAUGUCAUCACCACUCAAUCAAUCGUAGCGAAUUACGUAGGGUAUACUCACAAAUACACGCGAGCGAGAAAGUCAAAUCUAGAGCGGACGAAUCAAAAGAAAAACAAACCACAACAGCUGUUUCAUUAAAUUGGCAGGGUCUUAAAGUACUGAGUUACAUUUCUGAAGAUUGUAUUAUCGGCGCUUGCCUACUUUAUAACCCGUUUAUGUCAAAUCAAGAUAGGGACGUUAUUUUCACGGCCAUAACACGGGUGGACAUUUCAGAAAAUUCGUUCGAUAAAGUGCCCCUGAUUUUGUUUGAACUUCCAUCACUGUGUGUCAUAAACAUGAGCUACAAUGAAAUUGACAGCUUUCCAAGCGAAGAAGAUUUCUCUGAAAAUGUGAAAAGUUUCGCGCUGGAAGAAAUUAAUUUACAUCAUAACCAAUUAAAGCAAGUGCCAAGUUAUCUGUUUAAAUUACCUCAUCUUUCGUUCGUAAAUUUGUCACAAAAUAAAUUAACAGAGCUGCCAUUAGAGAUUUGGACAGCACCCGCCUUAGUUCACUUGAACGCAGCUAGCAAUAAACUUAAAACUCUUCCCUACAUGCAAUGGGAUGAAGUUUUCACGAAGCAAUCAAAUAGUACACCAAGAGGAAGUCUUUCAUCGAGUCUAAGAUUUGAUAUUUCUUAUUCUGGAAGUAGUGCCGAACCAGAGUGGUUAGCAUUUGAACGCAGGUCAGAAAUCAGUCAGUCUGAUUCUAUGGCCCCUCAAGAUGUAAUGGAAAAUGAAGUAAUGCAUAUUAACCAAUGGAGCACCAAGGUCACAGUCAUAGAUCAAGAUUCAAAGUCUAAUCACAACAAUAAGGGCAUCCGGAAAUUGGAACUCCAUAAGAAUUUGUUCAAGGAGAUACCAGUAUGCCUAGCUUGUUGUGCUCCAAACUUAGAAUAUCUUGAUAUUUCCAUGAAUCCACUUCUUUCUGUUGGAACUUUAUCGGAUCUUCCUGUAAAUCUACAAGAACUCAAUCUUAGUUGGACUGGAAUUUCUGAUCUAUCGCCAUGGAUACAGACCUUGUCAAAUAACAGUGAAGAUCAAGCAUGUUAUGGUAGUAAUUGUAAACCGAUCAACAAUACAAGUUCACGUAUGACACCAACAUUUCACAAAUCUUCUCCAUCUAUUGGUUCUCGUGAUUCAUUCAGUACUCAUUCUAUAUUACAAGCAGCAUACUGUCCCCAUCGUCUGCACUCACAGUUAAAUAAUCUGGAAAAACUCAAUCUUUCGGUUAAUAAACUCAAAAAUAUUGAAUUGAUGAAACCAGCAAAAAAAGAUAUGGCAGGCUCAGAAAACAGUAGUGUUUCUUCAUUGGGCCUUGAAUCAGAGGAUAUUCAAGGGAGAUUACUGUUUCCACAUCUUAAUGAAUUAGAUCUUUCAUCUAAUCAGUUAAAGAGUCUACCAGCUGAGAUAGGAGAUCUGGUUGAGCUGAAAGUCUUGAACCUCAGUAAAAAUACUCAACUAAAAGAAUUGCCACCAAAACUAGGUUUGUUGAAGAAGUUAUGGAAACUGGAGCUAGAGUUAUGUCCUCUUGACGGUACAAUUCAAGAUUUGUUGAAAAACUCGCGCUAUCAAGUAAAAGAUAUCCUGGGAUUCUUACUGUCUAUAUUAGAAGAAUCAACAGAGUAUAAUUCAAUGAAUUUGAUGUUUGUUGGAUCCCAUAAAAUGGGCAAGACAUCUUUAUUAGAGAGAAUGAGAAAAGAAGGCAAAUCUAGUAAUAAAGCAACACACUGGAGAGAUAGAGUAAGCGAUAAUCCUGUGACUGGUAGAAAAGGUGAAAUAUUAUCUACUGUUGGUAUAGAUAUCAAUGAUCUUGUUAUAGAUAGAAAAACUAAAGGUCCGGUACAUUUUAGAACAUGGGAUUUUGGAGGCCAGAGAGAGUAUUAUGCUACACAUCAAUAUUUUCUAUCACCAAGAUCCCUAUAUCUAGUCAUAUGGAAUAUUAUUGAAGGUGAAAAAGGUGUUGAAAGUCUUCUACAAUGGCUUAUUAAUAUACAGGCAAGAGCACCUGGUACUUCAGUUAUUAUUGUUGGAACCCACUUAGAUAUUCUGAAAGAUAAAGCCACCAGACGGAAUUAUCCACCAGAUUUUGAAGAGGCUAUGACAGGUUUGAUAUAUAAGACGUUCAUCAACGAACAGGAACCUGAUAAAAGUGGUUUACCGUUGAUUAGAGAUGUUAUUAAUCUGAGCUGUAAAACCGGGGAAAAUGUGAGAAAACUGGUUGAUUCCAUCUACGAACAUGCUUUUGAUCUUCAUCAUCCCAAAUCUAGAAGUCAGAAAUUACUGAAACAAAAGAUUCCUAAGAAAUAUCUGUUAUUACAAGAUAUAGUACGAGAACUUGCUAGAGAACGUAUAUUAGAACAUAAAGAUCCUGUUCUUAUUAAAUCUAAAUACAUGCUUUGUGUUUCUAAUAAAAUGAUAGAAAAAGAAGAAAAGACAUUUCGAGAUGUAGAAGAAUUGGCUCAAGCUACAAGAUUUCUUCAUGAAAAUGGUGUUCUGUUUCAUUAUGAAGAUCUGCCAUUAAGAGAUAUGUAUUUCUUGGAUCCCCAAUGGUUAUGUGAUCAGUUAGCUAAGGUCAUCACUGUUAGAGAGGUUAAUACAUUUGCACCUAGAGGUAUAAUGCAGAUUGAAAAUUUGAAAUUCUUAUUUAAAAGUUCAGCUUUUCAACAUGACGAUAUUCAGAAAUAUAUCACCAACCUCCUGGGUAAAUUUGAGGUGGCUCUUCAGUUUGAUGACAAAAAUCUACUCCUGCCUUCUUUAUUACCUAAAGAAAAAGAACUGAGAGCGAGCAUUAUUCAUAAAACAGAUAUACGGAUUCCUGUACGACGAUCAGAACAAACAUCUGUUAAUGUUAAAUAUGCCGUCCUCCAAUCAACAUAUGAAGAACAUUUUACAGUCGACCGACAAGCAAUACCGUCACCAAUAUCGGUUGGAAAAUCUCAAUUUUACACUGGUCCACAGACUUUUCAUAAUUGUAACAUUCAAGAAAGUCCGUUGAUUUUACUUAAAAUGAAGCCAUCAUGUAAUCCGAUAUUUUCUUUCACGAGACUUUAUUUCAUGACUUAUAUUCCAAGUGGCUUCUGGCCGCGUUUAAUUACAAGAGUAUUAGCCGAUUCCACUCUGUUCGAUGUUAUAACUGAAUUAUUUGAACUUCCUCCAGAUCUAUUAGAAAAGAGUGAAGAUGUUAAAGCAUUGUCUGGAAGUAAUCCAGAUUGGAGAUGUUGGCAGACGGGUUUAGAACUGUUGCAUUAUGGUUUCGAAAUGUUGCGCAUCAGAGAAGUGUUUAUGAACUCCCCUGUCAGUGUUUGCGAUUACGCCGAGUGUCGUAUUAAAUGUGCUGUCGAUUCGGAAUGGGGAUUUUUAGACAUUUAUCGCAGUAAGAUUUUAGAGAUAACAUUUCCGACAGAUUCUUUGACCUUUCACUUGACCUCAGAGAGCGGCUCCGAAACACAAGUUGGUGAAUAUACGACAACUAUAUUAAGAGAUGAUUCUGUUGCAGCCAAGUUAAUUGUCAAGAUUGUAGAACACAUCGACAAUUUACUGCAGGACUGGUAUCCAGAUUUAGGGGAAUUACGUUUCCAUCAGACGUGCGAAGGUCGAUAUCUUGUAACAAGAGUUGUCCUUUGUCCACAGUGUCUCCAUGAAGAAGUUAAAAGACAGAAAAAUUCGGACAAAUCAGAUGCCUGGUAUUUCCUAGAUCCUGACGUACCGGAGGUCCGUGCCAGAAGAAUUGGACCAGAAGUUGAAGAAAUAGAGAGACGUGACUCCUUUAUGAAAACUGAGGACAUGGGAGGAGAUGGUAUGGAUCCAGAAUUUGAAAGUUUAAUGGAAGGUCAGUCGAUGUUGUAUAAUAAAAAACAAGAAGAAGGAAUUAUUUAUAGUUUUUUUGUUGAGAGAUGUAUGUUAGAUUGUUUAGAAGGUUUAAAUGAAUGUUGUCCAGUACAUGGCAGUGUAUCACCUGCUCAUAUGAUAGAUGAGAAAGGUGUUAGUCGUACAUUUUAUAUCGCACCAGAUGUGGUAUUUCAUGAUAUAAGUAGUGAUAUAUUGAUAUCAGAAUCAGAUGUAUUAGUUAAAGGUGAAGAUUUAGGUAAAGGUACAUUUGGUGAUGUUUAUGCUGGACAACUCAUAAGAAAGGGAGAAGGGCCAAGUAUUCCGGUAGCGAUGAAGAUUCUCUUUACUUCAAGCAAACAGAAUAAUUUACAUAUGGGUGUGCAAGCAAGACUUGACCGAGCAUCUCAAGCAUAUCUUAUAGCAAGACAAGAGAUUUCUAUAUUAGAAAAUAUCAAACAUCCACACACUGUUCCAUUAUUGGGUCUACAAAGAUAUCCUCUCUGUCUGGUACUCAGUUUAGCUCCUAUGGGUGCUCUUGAUCAUUAUUUGAGAGAUUUGAGUAGAAAUGGACAGCUUCUACCUCUGUUUGUGAUCAGGAAAGUUAUAAUACAGGUGUCGCAAGCUGUGGCAUACCUACAUGCUAAACAUAUCAUUUAUCGUGAUUUAAAGUCUGAGAAUGUUUUGGUUUGGGCUUUACCUACAUCUGCAGAUGCAAAACCUUUUUCCGUAGUGGAUGUUAAAAUAGCUGAUUAUGGUAUCAGUAGAUCAGUAUUGCCGUCUGGUGCUAAAGGUUUUGGGGGAACUCCACCAUUUAUAGCUCCAGAAAUAUUACAACAUGCUGGAAAAGAUACAUACACUGAAAAGGUUGAUAUAUUUUCUUUUGGAAUGUUUAUGUAUGAGUUAUUAACAUGUCGUCAGCCAUUAAUUGAAAUGAACAGUCCUAGUUCUUAUAUAUGUCAGGGUGGAAGACCAACUAUAACAUCUCAGGAUGUCAACAUGUAUCCUUCCUAUAUGUUAGAUGUCAUGACUACUGCAUGGUCACAUGAUCCUAUGGAUCGACCGUCUGCAGAUAAUAUAGUCAGUAUUUCUACUUCACCUCAGUUUAUACAUCUGCGUGAUGCUGUUAGUCUGGGACCUGAUGUUGGUAUAUUGUGUGGUUUAGUUAUACCCUGUACUGACAACAAUCCUAUACCACUAGAGAAAUUACAGAAUGGUAUUGAUGACGAUAGUAAUGAUACAUCUCUAGAUAAAGAUAUGAGUAAUUAUAUAUGGUUAAGUACUAAACAUCGUACUGGUUGUAGUAUAGAAGUUUUAGGAUUUAAUCAAUGGAGUCACUGUGUUUCUAGUAAAACAGUAUCAGUUAGUGGAACAGAAGUAACAGCUUUAACUGUAGUAGAAGAUUUAGUAUGGUGUGCUGAUUCAAAUGGUUUUAUUACAAUUAUCUGUUCAAAGAGUCACAAACUACUUCGUCAAUUUGCCUUACCCAUAAAGAAUUCAUCUAAUGUCUAUGUGGUUGGUUUGAAUUAUUUCCCGAAACAUGAAAAAGUUGUAGCUGUUGUACAGACGGGAGAGUUGUAUACGUUAAAUACAUGCAAUGGUCAGUUAUCAGAUUUAGAUAUAAAUGAAUACUCAACAGAUACAAGUCUAUGUUCUGUACAGAUACAAAAUAACAAACAAAAUGAAAUAUGGCUGGGUCAGUCUAGUGGUAAAAUUGGUAUAUGGGAUGUAAACAAGUGUUGUAUGGUUGGUGAACUAGAGUCAUGUGAUAAGAUGGUAUCAAAGAGAACAUUUUGUAUGUUUAUGGUGGCAGGACAACCACAAUAUUGUGAGGAAACGUAUAUCUGGUCAUAUAGCUAUCCAGGUUCAGUCAUACUACGCUGGAAUACAGUUCAAAGAAAGAUAGUGAACCGAUUAGAUAUAUCACAAGUAUUAUCAUCCAUAGAUACCAAAAUACCUAAUGCUAGCAAAUGUCAAGUAACAGCUUUGAAUGUUUCUGGAAAAUAUUUAUAUAUUGGUACAACAUUAGGUAGUGUUAUAGUAGCUGAUGCAUUAACUUUAGCCCAUUAUAAUAUAGUCAAGUGUCACAUAGAAAAAGAAUUCUAUAUUAAAUGUAUUCUGCCAUUAGUACCAGUAGAUGAUGAAAAUAGUGACGAUAAAGUAAAUAUUAUUAAAAACAGCCCUGGUAUUGUAACUGUUGGUAAAGGUUAUAUAGAUUUAGUACGAGUCUCACCUAACAAACAGGAUAACACGAAAGUUAAAGACAACAUCACAGUAACUGAUAAACCGAGUCCAGCUCUAAAAGAUCCAUUAUUACAUCAUACAUUUAUGUUAUCAUGGCAUGCUGAAAACUGGGAAUAUUGCUAAAUAGAUGUUUAAUGUUACUGUAUAUUCAUUGUAUUUCCUCUAGUUAUCUGAUACUUAAUGUAUACUUACUGCAGUUUUUCUUAUAUUUACUGUAGUUUAUCAUAUGCAGUUUAUCUGUAUGUACUGAAGUUUAUUGUAUACUUACUCCAGUUUAUCAUACUUAAAGUUGCAAUUGCAAAUUUUCAAGUUAUAUUUUUAAAAUGUAUUAAAAUAAAGCCUUAUAAUAGAUGGUAUCUAUAAACAGUCCUACCUUGUUAAAGAAUAAUCCUAUAAUUCGCUAUUGCCAGCUGAGAAAUUGGCAAAAAUAUCAUUUUUAACUUCAAAUUCCAACGUUAAAAAAUGGCUGCCCCAUGUUGUCAAUAGCAAAACAGGGGAGGUAAUUGUGUUGUUAUUUCCUGUGUCAUAGAUUUUUAAGGGUGGGAAAUAAUGCCCAUGAUCGUAUAAUAGUGAUUUGAUAACCUAUUGAGCAAAAGACAUAGAAAUAAUUAUGUUUUGACUUUCUUAGAAAAUUUGAAAUUCUCGCUUUAAUGCAGUUAAUCGUAUACAUACUGCAGUUUAUCUGAUACUUACUGCAGUUUAUUGUAUACUUUACCACAGUUUAUCAUAUAUUUACUACAGUUUAUGUUAUUCUUACUGCAGUUUAUCUUGUACUUACUGCAGUUUAUCCGAUACUUUACUUUAUCUGAUACUUUACUGCAGUUUAUCUGAUACUUACUGCAAUUUAUCUUAUACUGUUUGUAUAGUUACUGUAGUUUAUCUCAUACAUAUUGCAGUUUAUCUUAUACUAACUGCAGUUUAUCGAAUUAACUGCAGUAAAUAUUUUACUCUUAGUUUCUGAUAUUUAACAAAUCUGUGUAUAUUUUAUUAUUUUUAUGUAUAUCUAGUCAUGCAAAUUAAUAUUAAAUACACUAUGCUCAAAAUACAUAGCCAACCUAAAUGUAUUGUUUUUAAAAAAAUUAUUAAAAUAUUAAUUUAUUUAGUACAAGCAUUGUAUUUACCCAUAAUACACACUGAAAAGAACAUCAGUGAAAAGGAUGUGACUACAAUGUGAUAAAAUAUACAGGUCACAAUUCUAUGGACUACAAUUACUGCUUUUUACUGAGCGACAUUUCGACUAAGCUUCUCUAGUCAUUAUCAAGCAUUGAUAAAAUAUGACAAGACAAUAUAUACAUGUACACACACAACAAUACUUGGUUAAUGCUGACCAACCAGAGACACCCUUCUAAUUACCUUAAAUGGAACCUAACUUAGUU